AUGGAGACGCCUGGCGGCGACCAGCUGCACAAGCGGCACCAACAGCGACACGGGAAGUCUGAGAAGAAGAAGAAAAAUCGAAUGAAGGGGAAAGAUGGAAAGGCAGCGGAGAAGCAGCACAACCCGCGGGCCUUCACCUUCAGUGGCGGCGUGGUGUCUGUACAGCGGAAGGUUCAGCGCUCUCUGGAUAAAUUUGCUCUCAAAGAGCGAGAAGAGAAGACAGAUAAGACUCCCGACGUCCCUCCUCCCUAUGUCGUCGUCGUUCAAGGUCCCCCUGGAGUGGGGAAAACGACUCUGAUUCGUUCACUCGUCAAACACUACACCCGGCACUCUCUCCAAGUUGUCCAAGGCCCCGUGACACUCGUCGCCUCCAAGCAGCGGCGUCUGACGUUCGUCGAGUGCAGCGGGACAGACAUGCAGCAGAUGCUGGACCUGGCGAAAGUUGCCGACCUCGUUCUCCUCCUCAUCGACGCAGACUUCGGAUUCGAAAUGGAAACGUUCGAGUUCAUCAACAUCCUGCAAGUCCACGGUUUUCCGCGCGUGAUCGGCGUACUGACUCACCUGGACAAAGUCGAAGAUCGACACAACCAAAAGGCGCUCCGGCGCUGCAAGAAGCAGCUGAAGUCGCGUUUCUGGACGGAGAUUUACGAGGGGGCGAAGCUGUUCUACCUCACGGGGCUGCAGUACGGCAGAUACAAGAAGCGAGAAAUCCUCAAUUUGUCGAGGUACAUCGCCGUCCAAAAGUAUGCGCCUCUCUCGUGGCGGUCGGCGCACCCGUACCUCCUCGCCCUGCGCUGUGAACCGAGCUGCGACCCCACAGUCUCCACGGAGAAGGAGGAGAAGGAGACACGUGAGCCUUCAGGGUCGGUCCGCGCCUCCCACUCCAGUUGUGUCUUUUACGGCUACGUUCGCGGAUCCGUCAUGCGGCAGGGACAGUGGAUUCACAUCCCCGGCGCCGGCGAUUUCCAAAUUUCCUCGCUCGCGUGCUCCCCCGAUCCAUGUCCUCCGCCCCAGGGCGCUCUGCCUGCUUCAGAAGCCGCCUCCGAUGACGACGCCGAAAACGAAGGACAGACGCCACGCUUGGAAAAUGGAGACCUCAAGAAGCGAAGGCGAACCCGAUCGCUCAAGGACCAACAGAAAGCGAUUUAUGCUCCUGGAUGCGACGUUGGAAAUGUCCGUAUCGACGCGGACGCCAUGUACAUUCACCUUCCAGAUACGAAGGUGUCUUUUACUCGUCCCGAGCUGCUGAUCAAAGAGCGCGCAGAGAAGACGCGUUGUCGGGCCAGGUCGCAGCAGUCGACAGCCGAGGACUCAGAAGACGAAGACGAGUCCGAGGCCGACUCUGACGAGGAUGAAUCUGCAAGUGAAGACGAAGAAGGCGUCGACCUAGGCGCUGGAAAGAGACCAGUUGUUGCAAAGGAGAAAGAAGACGUGGGCGAGGCGAUUCGCAUGGUCCGAGAGCUGCAGGAAGCCGAGACGUACAUCGACAAGCAACUGCAGACGCAGGAGCUGCGCCUUCUUCCGCAUUCCACUCAGGUCUUGAGCGUCGCAGAGAGAAGCAGAGCUCGCCAACUUGCUCCAGUAGCCGAGGCGGAAGAGGAAGAAGACGACGAUGAAGGAGAAGAAGUGGAGGAGGAGGAAGAACAAGUCGAAGGAGGCGGGAGACAGAGACGACGCGCGCCAACGACAAGACGCACGGCGUCGCUGGACGCAAGCGCGGGACAGGCGGAGUUCGAAUCAGACUCCGAGGAAACUGACAGUGACACUGAACGAGAAGAAGACGAAGGCGACGAAGAAGACGAAGAAGACGAAGGUGUGACCGAUGAAGAGGAUGUGGAGGAUGGGGUCGCGGCAGUGCAUGAAGCAGCUCGCAAGCGUUUCGCUCGUGCUCCGUCUUUGAAGGAAAUCAUUUACUUUGGCAGGAUAGGAGACGCAGGAGAAGAGAGUGAGGAGACCGAGAGGUCCUCGAGCACCUCAGACCCAGCGGGUGGGGCUUCUGGGGAGAGCAGCAGACGCGAACGAGGGAAGGCGGACGUUUUUUCUGGAAGCGAGAAGGCUCGCACAAUCCCACUGUUUGACGGCGAAGACGAAGAGGAAGAGGAACCUGACAAGGAGGAGAAUCGUCUCAGAGGGGGACUCCUCGGCAACCUGCCUGCAGUUCUCCCUGCAGUUCUCAGGCGACAAGGCCUGAACGGAGGAGACAAGCGAGUAACCAUGGACGAAGACAGCGCCUUUGUACCGAGUUCCGUGUUGUACGCGGCGGUCGGCGGAGACCCAGAAGGAGAGGAGGAAGAAUUCUGGUCUGCAGACCGGCUCGAAGAAGUCAAGGCACAGUUCUUCAUCACGGGAGGAUGGAGCAGCGCUGAGGAAGAAGAGAAGAAGAAAGAGGCAGAAGAAAAGCCGCCUCAGACAGAGGAGCAAAUCGAAGAGGCGAAGCGAAGACACCAAGCAGAGCAGAAGCGGUUACAGGAUGAAGCACGACGCCUACAAAUACGAGAUCAGGCGGUGGACGGGUCGAUGUUUUCUUCUUCCUCGUCCGAACCCCAGUCGGGAGCCUGUGCAAGCAUUGGGACCUUUGUGCGAGUUUGCGUUGAACGCCUUCCACGAAACUGGCUGGACAGCCUCUCGCCCAAUCGUCCGGUUCUCCUCGGUGGUCUGUGUGCGGGAGAACAAGCGAAAACGUUUAUCCAGGUGCGAAUCAAGAAGCAUCGCUGGUUCCCGCGUGUCCUCAAGAGCGACGACGUUCUCCUCUUCAGUGCAGGGUGGAGGCGAUUUCAGUCUCUUCCUAUGUAUGCUCUGGAGGAUAGGAGCAAUGCGAGAGUCCGUUACCUCAAGUACACCCCAGAACAUCUCCACUGUCUGAGCUACUUCUGGGCACCUGGGCUGCCUCCGGCGACGCCCAUUUUGGCCAUUCGAGACACGCGAGCGACAGCGAAUUUCCGCAUCAGUGCGACGGGGCUGGUGCUUCAGACGAGUCCUUCUGUGGAACUGAGCAAGAAGCUGAAGUUGUUGGGUGAACCGAAGAAAAUCUUCAAGAAUACUGCCUUCAUCAAAAACAUGUUCAACUCCGAUCUUGAAGUGAACAUGUGCAUGGGUGCCAAGAUCCAAACGGUGUCGGGUAUUCGGGGCCAAGUCAAGAAGGCUCUCGGAACAGAUGGAACAUUUCGCGCGACGUUCGAAGACAAGAUCCUCAUGUCCGAUCUGGUCGUCUGCAAAACGUGGAUCAAGAUGCAACCUCGGCAGUUCUGCAAUCCAGUGCUGGACGUAGAAGGAUGGCAGCGACUCCGGACGCAGGCAGAAAUACGUCAGGCUCUCCAGUUACCGACGCCCACGAAGCCGGGCAGUCAUCCAGACGGAGGCUUGGCUGCAUUGCAGGCUGCUCGGCGGUCGAAGGAGUUCAAUCCCAUUCGAGUUCCCAAGCAACUCAUGCUGAAACUUCCUUUCCACGCUCGCACCAAAUUGCAACACUCGACAUCAAAGCUCCGUAAACUGAAAGGCAAGGCUCUCGAAGAGGAACUGGAUCUGAGGAAACCACUGGUGAGUGCGUAUGACAGGCGCGUAGCGGCUCUGCUCCAGCGACUGCAGACCAUCAAGAACGCACGCGUGGAAAGGCGGAAGGAACAGCAAAAAGAAAAGCGCUUGAAGGUCGCGAAGGCGGCCGCGAAGAAGGAGGAAGAACGCGCACGGAAGCAGACAGAGAUGCGGAAGCGACGCUACGUCAAACAGGGGAAAAUCGAACUGGGCAUGCGCAAGAAAAUGCGGCUGGGAAGUUCCGGCAAGGGAGAUAGAAAUGAAGACGAUUGACCUUUUGUGUAGAAGCUGGAGUUCGUGCAAAAAAGUCAAAGACACACCCCGUUGCGUCCCGUAAACCCUGUCAACAGAC